GACUGUAAUUCAGCCAGACUGGAAGAGGAAAGGUUAAUGUUGAAAGAUGCCAGGGAUUGGAUGGCAGCGAAGAGUCCCCAAAUCGACAUGGCCCAUUCCAAGACUGGAGCCACCCCUCUUCACGUUGCCUCUGCCAAAGGAUACAUCAAAGUCAUGAAAUUGUUGCUACAGUGUGGGGCCGAUGUUGAUAAGCAGGACGUGGACGGAUGGACGCCACUCCACGCGGCCGCCCACUGGGGCCAAAAAGAAGCCGCUCAACUCCUGGCAGAAAAUUUGGCCGACAUGGACUGCAAAAACUAUGUGGGCCAGACACCGUUUGAUGUUGCCGACACCGAUAUGUUCAGAUUUUUGGACGACUUGAAGAAACGCCAGAACAAAGAAGAGGUGCUGCAAAGGCGGCAAGCGAAAAAGAGGGCGGAGAUGCAGGACAAGGUAGAAACGGAAACGCCCUCUAAAGUUAAGAAGGUCGAGGUUGCUAUCGAAGAAGGUGUCAAGAACAAUAACAAUAAUAAUAACAACAACAACGGGGGUGUAGGAGAUGAUGUUGGAGGAAUGGAAGUUUCUAGUGAAAGUGAUUCGGAUACGGAAAGCGGGAGCAGUAGUAGUGAAACAGGGUCGAACUCUGAUACUAGUAGUGCCGAUGAGGAGAAAAAGAAUAUGGUUAACUCACUAAACAAACAAAAAGAUAAUAAUAUAAUCGCUAGCAAUAACACGGAGGUGCCGAAAAGACCGUCCUCGGCAACGCCUUCUCCGCCUGCCGUCCCACCCAAGCCGCUCCAAGGCGGUGAUGCCACCGCACCUCCUUCGACAGACGACAAUAAUGUUCCUAAGUGGCGCAAGCCACCACCCAGCAAGCCCCCCGUCGUUACCAAAGUCGAUUCGCACGCCACUACUAAAACCGCUAGCUUUAAAGACAAGAGUACAUCGGAUGUAAAUAAUGAAAACGAAGUUAGUCUGAGACGGACCAAUAGUUUCCAGAAUGACCCAGAGUUCUACACGCGAUAUCAGGCGCUGCGUGCACGCAUACAGGCCAGCUCUGAUCCCACUCAUUACUCCUUCCCUUACGAUUCCCAAUCUAAGUACAUCAUCGCCCCUUCUAACAAAAACCGGCAGCAAAACAGGCACCAAGACAAAGAGGAGACAGUUUCCGUUAGCAGUACAUCUACUGUCAAUUCUGUUACAACGAGUACUUCUAGCACCCCAACGAACACCUCCCUAUCACCCACGACCAGUCCCUUGCCCAAUAGUCAACCUGUACGAAGUGGGCUGAAGUUACCUGUCGGCGCAAACGCACCCGCUGCUGUCGCCAGUACUGCCAACACAAACACUUCCGCUAUCUCCCCCUCUUCCGGUGGAAACAGGCUUACCGUCAUUAAAAAUUUCUUUAAAUCGUUUGUUCCUCCCGUUCGGGACGAAGAGAGCGAGACCCAGAGAAAGGCUCACGCGAAGAGGGUCCGAGAGACGAGGAGGUCAACGCAAGGGGUAACGCUGGAAGAGAUAAAGUCAGCAGAACAGCUCGUCAAAAAGAAGAACCAAUCAACAACAACGAACGCCACCACCAACACAGCCAACAGCGAACAACCAAUAGGAAACGGUAAAGGGGAGCCGACUAACAAUGGCAUAUCGGUGACCGCUACCAUAACAACGGCCACGACCACAGUUCCUACGCCACGAGCUAACGACGAAUUGGCGCAGCCGGUCCACGAGAGACGGCCGUCGUGGCGGCUACGUGUCGACAACGGCAGCAAGUUCAAAUUGGAAGAUGCAACGAAAGAUGACGAGCCGCCACCGGUGCCCUCGUUCUUGAGAAGACCUGCGGCUUCUUCGGCCCCGAUUCCCAGACCGGCCUCGGCCCCUGUCGAAACCGCAGAGACGACAGUGACACUGCCCCUUCGAAGGCCCAAAUCUCAAGAAGAAAGAGAACAAGACAAGGAAAACGAUGCCAGGAACGCCCAGGCGACCCUCGCCACCCAAGCAGCCAUCCAAAGAAGAAGGAGACCAAAGAGGAGGUCCACCGGAGUGGUAGCAUUCGACAACUUGGAUGACCUGGACCCUAGUAAAGAGACCACAGGGGGAGGAGAUGCCCAGGACAGCUCAAACGUUAACAACGAUGAGAGUGGAACAGAAAAAUCGAGUAGGAGUUCCAGAUUGGGAAGUGCUAGCGAUCUGGUGUUGAGAGGUGAAAAUGGAGAGAUAGAUUACAAAAGGUUGUACGAACAGACCCUUGUCGAAAAUGACAGACUCAAAGAUAAACUUCGUAAAACCGAGGACGAAUUGAAGGACACCAAACAAACUCUAGAGAGAAUAAACACUGUUACCAGUAAAAACUCCCUCUCCGAAUUAGAGAAAAGGGAAAGAAGGGCAAUGGAAAGGAAACUUAGUGAAAUGGAAGAGGAAUUGAAGCAACUAGAAGUACUGAAGACAGAGAACCAGAGGCUAAAAGACGAGAACGGAGCCCUAAUUCGUGUUAUUAGUAAACUUUCAAAGUAGUAUUAGCGUACAGUGUAGUUUUAUUAUAUUUCCUACUGUUCGCUGUUUCUUUUUUUUAUUAAUUGUACUAUUAUUACUAUUACUAUACCACAAUGGUCGUUAAGUGAUAAAAAAACAAAUAGCUUUUUCAGCUGUAACACUAUCGUUGGUGAAUCCCCCUCCUUCUUACACUCGAUUUGUACCGUGUUGACAAGUAUUAGUAUUAAUUUUAUUUAUUGACUUCGAACUAUUUUUGUGCAUGCAUUUUCUUUUUUCUUCCUUAAUUUUAAAUUUGUCUCGGUAUAAUGUUUGUACUCUGUCCUAUCCCGUCCUUAUUCCUGCCCUGUAUAACGCGAAGGUCCCCUGAGACAGGAUCGGUUAGUGCGUUUAUCUCCUUCUUGAUGACUUCUUGCAUUUUUUUCUUCUACGUAGUAGCGUAUUUCGGCCGAAACAGGUUAAUUAAUGAAGUACGGUGUCGUUGAUAAACAUGUAAUAAUUAUUAUUAUCGUUGUGUGUCUGUUUAAACAAAUUCCUGUACUAAUAGUGGUUAUUUGUUGUUUUUUCUUAUUGUAUUUAGAAAGUACUUUCGCGCCUUUCGUUAUGAAGGCUCGUACCAUGUCAAUUAGGAAAAAAAUGCCUUUUAUAAAAAAAAUAACUAAAUUAAAUACAUCAGUCGUUCGUCACAUUUCGAUACGUUCAAGUUCGAUAAUAAACCGAAUCUUUUUUUGACCUAGAAGCCUCUCAGAAGUUAAAUUUUGUCGUUUAAUUGCUAUUCAAAUCAAAUAUCAUUGAACCAAUACAGGCAGAAUCCUUCCCAUUUUUUUUUUAUUGAUCAAAAUGGUGCUACACAUACUAAAUUGUAAUUUAUAAUUGAUAUUGUAUUAAAUUAAUGUCACCUGUAAUUAUAUUGUACAGUUGUAUCUGUGUUAUAGAUUAGUAAUUUUUAUGUAAGGGUUUACUUGAGCGUUUUUUUUUUUCUUUUGUAAUUAUGUAUGAAAUAGUCCGAAUCAUUUUAAACCCUUUUUAGUGAAGAAACACCUGUUGAAUUUGUAAAUACUUUUUCGGUAUAAUCUUUAGAAAAACCGAAGUUCGUAAUUGUCUGUUUGCAUUUCAUUAACAAUCGUAUUGUCUUUCCUCAUAGUUUUUCAUGUGCCUUCUUGCUGUUCAUAUUCGGUUUAUUCUCAUAUUGUAAAUUAUUUUCUGUAUUUAUUAGAGGCUCAUUACUAGUAAUAGCGAUCAAACAGUUUGUGAACAUUUUAUAGCUGAAAAAAUAAAUAUAAAACUGAA